AUGUGGGGUGAGAGAACUCAUCACAAGCACUGGCAUCAAGGUCAUGGUUCCUCUGGGAAUUCCAAGGACAAAAACCAUGAUAAAAGGCAGCCAAAAUUUAUACCAGACAAUUAUAGCUCUGUCGAUGAGGUUACUACUGCACUGAGAGAAGCUGGUCUCGAAUCAUCAAAUCUAAUUCUUGGUAUUGAUUUCACCAAAAGCAAUGAGUGGUCAGGCAGGCAUUCCUUUAGAAGAAAAUCUUUGCAUGCCAUUAAUGGCACCCCAAAUCCAUAUGAGCAAGCUAUCUCUAUAAUUGGGCGAACACUGUCACCUUUUGAUGAUGAUAACUUAAUACCAUGUUUUGGAUUUGGCGAUGCUUCUACACAUGAUCACUCUGUCUUCAGCUUCUACCCAGAGAACGGACUCUGUCGUGGCUUUGAGGAGGUUCUUGUAAGGUAUCGGCAAAUCGUACCACAUUUGAAUCUUUCAGGACCAACUUCUUUUGCACCUCUUAUUUAUGCAGCGAUUUCUGUUGUUGAAAAUAGUAAUUGGCAAUACCAUGUCCUCGUGAUCAUAGCUGAUGGACAGGUGACUGCCACUAAUACAAAUGAUGGAAGAUUAAGUCCACAGGAACAAGCAACUAUACAAGCAAUUGUUGAUGCUAGCCACUAUCCUCUUUCAAUAGUAAUGGUUGGGGUGGGUGAUGGACCAUGGGAUGCGAUGCAGCAUUUUGAUGACUGUAUCCCUGAAAGAGCUUUUGACAAUUUCCAGUUUGUGAACUUCACUGAUAUUAUGUCAACAAGUAAGGAUAUGUCAAAGAAGGAGGCUGCAUUUGCCCUUGCAGCUCUUAUGGAAAUACCUUCUCAGUAUAAAACAACUCAAGGCCUCCGACCUCCAGAAAAGCACGCACAAAGGAUUGGCUCUCCUAGGAUUCUUCCUCCUCCAAAUAAAGUUCUUGAAAAUGAUAAUGCUGCAGCUUCACAUCCUUCUCAAACUGCAAGCUCGAAGUCAACUGGUAUUGGCAAAAGCACUGCCGACGAGCAGGUAUGUCCCAUAUGUUUAACCAAUCCAAAGGACAUGGCUUUUCAGUGUGGUCACCUGACAUGCAAGGAAUGUGGUCCAACACUAUCAACGUGCCCAUUGUGCCGUGUGCCAAUUACCAUGCGUGUGAGGCUCUACUCUUAA